AUGGGGAAGGACUUGUCGCCGCGGGCUGCAGUGCCAACGAAAUCUCUGAGACGUCACCUUCUUUUUUACCACGAGAUCCCGUCAUGGCAGAGGGACAAUGAAUAUCUAUUGUCCGGAUACAGACCGACCUCUGGUUCGUGGCUGCUUUCGUUCAAGAGCGUCUUUGCGUGGCACAAUGAGUCCGUCAAUAUCCACUCUCACGCCAUUGGAUCCGCCCUCUUCGCCUACUUGCCGUGGCAUUUCUACACAAACACAUAUCGAACUGUUGACGACACCGAACCUGUCGAUGCACUCCUUGUGAGCAUGUACCUCCUCGGCGUUGCCGUCUGCUUUGCAUGCUCCGCCUGUUGCCACAUCAUCUGGAACCUCUCGGCCCCAGCAGCAUCCUUUGGAAAUCGCCUUGACUUCUGCGGCAUUCUGCUACUCAUGUGGGGCGCAAGUCUGCCCUCCAUCCAUCUGGCCUUCGACUGUGACCCGGUACUGAAAUAUUGGCACUGGGGUUUGGUAUCGAUCAGUGCUUGCGGCUGCAUCACUUUCACACUCCAUCCGAGAUUCCUUGGACCGUCUUUUCGGAAGUAUCGAGCGUUGCUGUACACAUGCUUCGGAUUGUCGGCCAUCACAUUCGUCAGUCAUGGCAUCCUCAAGUACGGCUUCGAUAUACAACGAAAGCGUUUAGCUAUCGAAUGGAUGGCUUUGAUGGGUCUCCUGAACAUCGUUGGAGCCAUAGUCUAUGCAUCAAGGCUGCCGGAACGUUGGUUCCCAUACCGCUUCGACUUCGUUGGCGCGAGCCAUCAGAUCUUCCAUGUUCUUGUCCUCGCCGCAGGUCUCGCGCACUACAAAGCUUUGGCUUGUGGGCUAGGUGAAGUGAGACGCAAUGGUAGUCUUUGCUGA